CUUAAAAAAAGGUUCGAGAUAUAUCUGUUUUUCUCUGGAAGUGUGAGAGAUUAUUGAGUUCUUCUGCAGCUACUCUGCCGAAUGCCAAUUUGGAGAAAUUGACCGAAUUUUCUCAUAAGCCAAAGUGAAAAAGCUUGUUUUGAAGAAGACCACUUGUACUAGAUCUCUUACUUUGGAUCACAAGAAAGCUGAAGACGGGUCAGAUUGCUUAAUUUGAAUCACAAGCAGGCUCAAGAUUAGAUAGAUUCAUCAAGAAAAAGUCCUUAAGAUUCUCACCUCAAACACUAAUAACAGCAGAGGCAAUGAAGAAGACAGAAUCUAUAGCAAAACAGGGGAGAGAAAACAGAAAUCUUCAGCUGAGCAAGGAAUAGAGGAAGACGUAGCACCAUUCAAGAGAAAGGGAAAAGCCAGAAUCAGCGUCGCCUCAGCUCAAGACCAGCAUCACACAUUUCCAACGAACUUAACCCAGUGAAAUGUUGAGCUUGUACAAGGGAGAAUGACGCAGAAACAAGGGAGAACUCUAACUGAAAUGAAUAGACCAGCCACAAGCACACCGACGAUGAUGAGCUAUGCGAAUGCGGCGCUAGCUACGGUUGAAAGGGAAGAAAGCAAUGACCUACGAGAGGCUGAGCAAAAUCCGUCCAAUCCUGAGAUCUCCUUCUGCUCUAGAAUGACCAAGAAAAGAAGAAGGAAGAGUUAAAAUAUUUGAUGGAACUAAGGGCAGUUUGGUAAUUUUGCACAGCCAAAAAAAGAAAAAUUUAACUCUUCUUUUGAUCUCUUCCAAAUUCGAACUUAGGACAUCAUGUAUGAAAGAUUACUCAACUGCCACUAGACCAAGUCUCUAACUUGCUAUAUUUAUUCCAAAAACUAAUAUAAACACACAGUUAACCUAUAUAUUUAUUUAUUUAUUUUAAAUUUUUUUGGGGUUAUUACACAUAAGUCCUAAUUAUUUUCUUAUAAAUUUUUCUAUAUACAAUUCUACAUGCUUAUGUUAUGUUCAAUUAAGUCAAAUACUAAAAAUUUAUCUUUAGAGGCAUUUUAAAAUAAUCAUUAUUUCAUAUGUACUGCACUUUUCAGAGGACAUGGACAUUGUUGUCUCUAGUGCGAGUUAUGUUUUGAGUAAGUUAGUGGAUGUGACAAUAUGUGAAGCUUCUUAUUCUUUUUGCUUCAACAAGUAUGUCAAAGAGCUUGAAACAAAACAACAUGAUUUGAAAUCCAAAAUUGGAGGUGUUCUUGAUCUAGCUAAAGAGGCAAAGAGAAAAACUGAGAAGGUUGUUCGUGAAGUUGAGACAUGGUUGGAUGAAGCAGACUCUCUAAUGCAAGAAGUGGCGGUGCUGCAAGAAAAAAAAAUGAACAAAAACAAGACAUAUUGUUUUAAGUAUUGCCCUAACUUGAUUAGGCGUUACAGUUUGGUGAAGCGGCUUGAAGAGAAGACCAAUGAAAUUAUGCAACACAUUAAUAAAAUUAAAAAGUUCACACAGUUUUCUCGACUUGCUACACUGGUAGGCAUGGACUACUUUCCUUCUGAAGGUUUUGUGCGCUUUGAGAGUAGACAAGCAGCAUAUGACGGACUUAUAGAGGCAAUAAAAGAUGAAAAAGUUCACAUGAUUGUAUUGUAUGGCAUGGGGGGAUUUGGCAAAACCACCAUGGUAAAAGAAGUGGGUAAAGAAGCGGAGCAGUUUUUUGAUAAAGUCAUUUUUGUUGUUGUGUCUAACACUAUUGACAUUAGAAAAAUUCAAGGUGAAAUAGCAAGCCACCUUGAUAAUAUGAAAUUGGAAGAGGAGGGGGAAUUGGGUAGAGCUAGACGCUUGUCAAUGAGGUUGUCUAGUAGAGAAAAGUUUCUAAUUAUUUUUGAUGAUGUAUAGAAGACGCUUGAGUUUGAGAAGAUAGGGAUUCCUAUUGUUGAAAAUGAAAAGAAUUGAACCGUUGUUAUAACAACAAGAAAGCUUGAUGUAUGUAGACGAAUGAAUUGCAAAAGAAUGAUUCCCUUGCAAGGAUUAAAAGAGGAUGAAGCGUGGGGCCUCUUUCAAAAACAUGUAGGGGCAUUUGAUGAUAACUCAGAUUCCAUCAAAGGUUUGGCGCAAGAAAUUACAAAAAAAUGUGGUGGUUUACCUGUUGCAAUUGCGGCUAUAGCUAGUACUUUGAAAGAAAAACCUCAAGUUGAGUGGGAAGAAGCAUUAAAAACCUUGCGAGAUUCAAGUCCAGUUGAUAUUGAAGAAGAUUGGAGAAACCCUUACACUUGUCUUCGGUUAAGCUACGAUAAGCUAGAGAAUAAAGAAGCCAAAUCACUCUUCUUGUUGUGCUCUAUAUUUCCUGAAGAUUAUGAAAUUCCAAUUGAUGAAUUAACAAUCAUUGGAGUAGCGCUAGGUUUUGUUAAAGUUCACUCAUACCAAAGGGCAAGGAACCAAUUGCUUAUUAAAGGCAAAAAUAAGCUAAUUGAUUCUUGUCUGCUAUUAGAUGGAGUGAGUGGUUGUGUCAAAAUGCAUGAUUUGGUUCAAGAUGUAGGCCUGUGGAUAGCAAAGAAAGAGAAUAAAUUUGUAGAGGGGCAAUUAAAAGAGGAUGUGAUAAAAAAGGAGAACAAAUUAAGAUAUUUAUGGAUUGAUGAAGUUGAGGAAUUUCCAUAUAAGUUGGAUUGCCCUAAACUUGAGUUUCUUCAUGUAUCAAUAAAGCCCAAGCAUGGUUUGGAUGUACCAAAUGAUAUUUUUAAAGGUAUGGAGAUGCUUAAAGUUUUUAUGUUAAGUAAUCAUACUUUUGAACAACAUGAUCUGCAAUUGCCUAUUUCAUUCCAUCUUAUCAAUAACCUCCGUUAUCUAUCCCUAAAAGGAUGGAUAUUAGGCGAUAUCUCUUUUAUUGGAAGCCUAAAAAGACUUGAGUCUCUUAAAUUAUGGAGAUGCUCCUUCGAUGAAUUGCCAAAACUCAUUACACAGCAGAAAAAUUUGAGAUUAUUAGAUAUAAUGUGUUGCGAGAUUCAAAGAAAUCCUUAUGAAGUAAUGGGAAGAUGUUCCAAAUUAGAAGUUCUUUAUUUUUCUGGAAACAUAGUUGGAGAAUCUAAGGACCAUAGUAAAGAUGGUGCUGAAUUCUUUGAGAAAAUCAAAGCUACCCCGACAUUGGAGAGCUAUUGUAUAGAUUUAGGGGAUGAUGGUUCGGAUUUUGAGCGACCACUGUUUCCCAUUACAAAAAGUUUAUAUGUGAAAGAUGUUGAGAAAUGCAUGUCAAAUGCAACAAUUAAGGAUUUGAUGCAGAGAGCGGAGGUUCUUUAUUUGAGGGGAAUUCAUAGAAGUUGUAAAAAUAUAAUUCCUCACACGCUUCGAACAAUAGGAGGGAAUUUUGAUGCUUUGACACAACUUACAAUCCUUCAUUCAGACACUAUAGAAUGCGUGAUUGACAUAUCAAAUCAUUGGAGUCAAAUGGGAAUCAUCUCCAAUUUGACUAAACUAACAAUUAAAGGGUUGAAGAAUUUGAGAACUUUGUACCGUGACCAGCUUCCUUCAGGCCUUUUUGCAAAGUUAGAGUUCUUAAAGAUACAUAGUUGUGAUUUACUCGAGCACAUAAUAGUAGAUGAAGUGAAGGAAAUAGUUGCAAAUGGUAGUGGAGAUCAAAGGAGUGUCAGAUUUGCUUUUUCCAAAUUAAAAACACUAAGGAUCUUGGAUUGUGGUCAGCUAGAAUUCUUAAUGCCUGUCUCUUAUGCUCAUAGCCUUGCACAAUUGGAAUGUUUAUCUAUCGCAGAAGCUAAUAAAUUGAAGAGCUUGUUUAGCCCAUCCAUUUAUGAAGAACUAGAUCAAGACAAGUUUCAUAACGUCCAAUUUUUGGCUUUAAAUACUCUCAUUCUCGAAAACUUGCCAAACAUGGUAAGCAUUUGUCAGGAAAAUUAUCAUUUAAAAUGGCCAUCUUUGAAAGAUUUGACAGUGCGAAAUGUUCCACAAUUAAAGAUCAAGUCCAUCAAUCGCUGGAUUGGCAUAUAUGGAUUAAGAAAAGGUGAUCACACAGCUUCAGAGGACCUAUUGACUCCACUCGUAACUUUAGCUAAAGUUUAUGUGGGAAGUAAUAAUGAAAUGGAAAUUCUUUUUGAUGGAGAAAGGCUUCCGAACAAUAGACAACCAGUGAACACAAGCUUACGAAGAAUAGAAUUAGAGGAUCUACUAAAGUUGAGGCACAUAUGGAGGGGUCCCAAAAAUAGUUUACUCCUUCAAAAUAUUGUCCGUCUAGAUAUAGAAAGAUGUGAAAAUUUGAGAGUUAUCCUCCCUGCAUCUAUCUUGACAAGCCUACCAAAGUUGAAGAGAUUGAACAUCGUAAGGUGUAAUGAACUAGAGGGAAUCAUGGAAGAAAAUGACGAUGUGUCAAAUCCUUAUCAACUUGUCUUCCCAAAUCUGACCAUGAUUAUUAUCAGACAGUGCCAUAAGUUGAAACGUGUAUUCCCUUUCUCUAGUUGUUUGGUUCUCCCCAAGCUAAGGGCUCUUCUCAUAGAAGAAGCAUCCCAGCUAGAGCAAGUGCCUUGGGAUAUGAUUCCAAAUGUGGAAUAUGUAUUACUUUGGAAACUUCCAACACUCUCUCCCUAUCAGGGCCAACAUAUUGAUUUCCAGAGUGUGAGAUACCUUCUUGUUCAACAAUGCCCAAAACUGCCUCUUACUUCCACCGUUAAUCUACAGCAAUUGGUACAAAUAUUGGAUAAUGAAAAAGAUUAUUGGGAAGGCAGGUGGCGUUUUCAUGAUCAUUUAAGAGAUAUUAUCCAAUCCAAUGAAGAUUGUGUAGGAGAAACGACGGAACAAAUUGAUAGCAAAGAAAGUGAAGUUGAAUCAGCAUCAAGAAGUGAACAUAUUGCUUUUGGUGCUCAGAAUAAUGAGAAGAAAUCAGAAGAGAAGUUGGAAGAGUCAAAAGAUACAAACUUAAUAGAUAGAAAGAGAGUUGAAGGUAGCUUUGAUGAAAGUUCUACGUCAAAAAAUGUGACAAUAAAUGCACCGUCAACUCAUUCUGACCCAACAAGCUCUUUCAAAAGUUCAUCAGUUGCUUCUCUUCCUAUAGAUCUUUCACAUAGUCAGAAUAAGACAAUGCCUGGUAUGGAGAUCCUCACACCAACAUCAACAAAUCUCAAAUUUAUCGCUGAGCAUUUGCCAACUAAUUCUUCUACUAUUUCUCAUGAAACUAACGUGAGGAUUAAGAAAACUGAGACAGAUAUUGAAGAUGAUGGCGGUGGAUUUCCAGCACCAUGUGCUCCGAUUGUUGAUACCGAAAGAGAUGAACAGAUAAAGGUCAACCAACGAGAUAAGAAUCCAAAAAUAGGUACUGAAACCAAUCCUAUUGUUGAUACUACCAAGGAAGAGCUGAAAAAGGGUAUUAAUGGGAGAAUGGAAGGUUCAACAAUAGAAAAUGCCAACAUAGUUACAUCAUCAAUUCGUUUACAGCCGGCCAGCUCACUCCAAGGCUCCUCGACAUCUUUUCUUCCUAAAGCAUUGCCCCAUGAAAUCAAGGUCAAUCGAACUGAGAAAGAGAUAAAGACCAGUCCUAUAAUAAAUCUUCAAGGCUUUGGUGAUCAUGCUGAGCAAUUAGCAACAGCAUCAGUUCCUGUUGUUUUUACCACCAAAGAUGAAUCUGUAGUGAAUGCUCUUGCAGAUUUGGAAGUCCGUUUGAAGAUGCCUCUCAAGGACAUAGCAAACUCAGAGCCCAUUUGCCUUCGUCUUCUUACAGCUUUUAAAUUUUUAUCUUGCCUUUCAUUUGAAGAGGGACCCUUAUCUCUUAAACUUAAAGCUAUAACAGAGUCUUUGCUCCAAGAAUUUCCAAGCAUUCUACAUUCUUACAAGGUCGCAUUAGCUACUGUCAAGAAAUUUCCCAAGUUUAUAGAUGAAGCUCAAGAGAAGGAAGUCAUGUUCAAAGAACAUAUCUCUAAGUUGGAGAAAGAAAUGCAAUAUGAUGAGGCCAAGACAUCAUCUCUUCAGGAGAAAAAAGAGAAAUGUGUUGUUGAAAUCAGGGAGUUCAAGAAAGAGUGUGAGAGUAUGAGAAAGCAAAAGUCUUAAAUGAUGAAAGAUCAAAGGAAAGCUCGGCAGCAAUUAUUUGAGGUUUAUCGUAAAUGGUCUAUCCUGUGUAGCCAAUUUCAACAUAACUACAUUGACGUGGAUGCUCAUCAAAUAGUCCAAUCUGCAUUAGAUCAUAAUAGUGAAUCUAGAAAAGAAUGUUACAGAGAAAAGAUAGAAUAAAUUCAUAGCAGAGAUACUGAAGUCCAAGCAGCAUCAGAAAUUGAUCAUCUUUCUGCAGAGGUUAGAACUAACCAAUCUGUGCCAUCCAUUGCUUCACAAAAUCUGACAAAGGAUGAUAAAGGAAGGAUUGAAGGUUCUACUUCUCUGCCUGAAGCAUUUUCACAUAAUCAGAUCAAGUUCAAAGGAACUGAGAUGGACAUUGAUAAAGACAAUCAAGCAAAGCCCAUAAUAGAGCUUCAAGACAUUGAGGAUGAUCAGCUAUUGGCAAAGGCCUUGGUGGAUCUGGAAGCUUGUUUGAAGAUGCCUCUUAAGGAGAUAGUUACUUCAGAUUCCAAUAGUCUUCACCUUCAUAAUGCUCUUAACUUCUUGUUUCAUCUUUCUUCCGAAGAUGGAGUUUUAUCCCAUGGACUGAAAGAUGCAAUACAGUCAUUGCACCGAGAUUUCGCAGGCAUCAUACUUUCUUUCAAGCCAGCAUUUGUUGCAUUGAAUAAAUUUUCCAGGCUUUUGAAUGAAGCUCAAGAUAAGGAAGUCAAUUUAAAGGAACAAAUCUCUGUGUUGGUUAGAGAGAUAGAAGAUUGUGAGGCAGAACAAUCGUCUCUUCAAGUGAAAAUGAAGAAAUGUUCUACAAAAAUGACUGAGCUCAAUAAAAAGUUUGAAAAUGUAAGAAAAGAAAGGUCAGAAAUGACAGAAGAUCAACGAAAAGCUCAGCAACAAUUGCUUCAAGCCAAUCAUAGAUGGUCGGUUUUGUGUAGCCAAUUUCAACUAAACAUUGCGGCUAGAAAUCUCUUUUAGUGCCUUUCCAUUGAUGUAUUUGAUUUAAUAACUUUGGUCUUUUGUAAUAAUAAAGCUUUUCCAUUUGUUGCGGAACUUAAAAUGGUAAGAUUGUUUAACUUGUAUCUUCAAUAACAGUCAUUACUAGUGGUCAUAUGUUUGUCAUGUAAUAAUAUAGGUUCUAGUUUUUGUAUU